CGCGCCGCGCUCCAGCCAGGGAAAACAACUGCUCACUUCUCCUGCGUCCUCCCCGCGCGCUCCCUGCUUCCCGGCGGCCGCGGGAGGACGGGAGCCCGGUCAGGGGGAGGCCCGGCCUUCCUCUGCCCUCGCUCCUCCUCUCCGCCUCCACUUGCUCCGGCCUCCUCUCUCCGGCUUCAGUUCGGGGCCUGGCUGGCUUUUCUCCCGGGCGGGCCAGGAAGUUUCUGCGCUCCUCGCAGUCCAGCCUCCAUCGCUUGCUCUAGCGCAGGGCCCCGGCUCGCGCCUGCCAUCCGCUUUCCCUACCCGCCGCCUGGGCUCCUCCGCCUCGCUGCACCCUGCACCCCUCUCCCGAGCUCCCCAGCUCUCAAUCCUCAUCAGCGCAGGGUCCCCAGUCCCCGCCCCGGCGCGCCCCCCACCCCGGGGUCGUGCGGCCCCGGAUGCCAGGGCCCCGAGGGGCUGCCGGCGGUCUGGCCCCUGCGAUGCGCGCGGCGGAGGCGGCGGGGCUGCUGGCGCUGCUGCUGCUGUUGUUGCUGGGCCCGGGCGGCGGGGCCGAGGGGGGGCCGGCCGGAGAGCGGGGCGCCGGCGGGGGCGGGGCACUGGCCCGUGAGCGCUUCAAGGUGGUCUUUGCGCCGGUGAUCUGCAAACGGACUUGUCUGAAGGGCCAGUGUCGGGACAGCUGUCAGCAGGGCUCCAACAUGACGCUCAUCGGAGAGAAUGGCCACAGCACCGACACGCUCACGGGCUCCGGUUUUCGCGUGGUGGUGUGCCCUCUGCCCUGCAUGAAUGGCGGCCAGUGCUCCUCCAGAAACCAGUGCCUGUGUCCCCCGGACUUCACGGGGCGCUUCUGCCAGGUGCCUGCAGGAGGAGCUGGCGGAGGCACCGGUGGCUCAGGCCCUGGGCUGGCCCGGGCCGGGGCCCUGUCCACAGGAGCGCUGCCGCCGCUAGCUCCGGAGGGAGAAUCUGUGGCCAGCAAGCACGCCAUCUACGCGGUGCAGGUGAUCGCUGAUCCUCCUGGGCAGGGGGAGGGACCCCCUGCCCAGCAUGCGGCCUUCCUGGUGCCCCUGGGACCAGGACAGAUCUCGGCGGAAGUGCAGGCCCCGCCCCCUGUGGUGAACGUUCGCGUCCAUCACCCUCCGGAAGCCUCGGUCCAGGUGCACCGCAUCGAAGGGCUGCAUGCCGAGGGCCCGGCCCCAUCCCAGCACCUGCUGCCGCACCCGCACCCCAAGCCUCCACACCCACGACCUCCCACCCAAAAGCCGCUGGGCCGCUGCUUCCAGGACACAUUGCCCAAGCAGCCCUGUGGCAGUAACCCCUUGCCUGGCCUUACCAAGCAAGAAGACUGCUGUGGGAGCAUCGGUACAGCUUGGGGCCAGAGCAAGUGUCAUAAGUGCCCCCAGCUGCAGUAUACAGGGGUCCAGAAGCCAGGACCUGUACGGGGAGAAGUAGGUGCUGAUUGCCCCCAGGGCUAUAAGAGACUCAACAGUACCCACUGCCAGGACAUCAACGAAUGUGCAAUGCCAGGUAUGUGUCGCCAUGGUGACUGCCUCAACAACCCUGGCUCCUAUCGCUGUGUCUGCCCACCAGGCCAUAGCUUGGGCCCAUCUCGCACACAGUGUAUUGCGGACAAGCCAGAGGAGAAGAGCCUGUGUUUCCGCCUAGUGAGUCCGGAGCACCAAUGCCAGCACCCCCUGACCACACGCCUUACCCGCCAACUCUGCUGCUGCAGUGUUGGCAAGGCCUGGGGUGCACGGUGUCAACGCUGCCCCGCAGAUGGCACUGCAGCCUUCAAGGAGAUCUGCCCAGCUGGGAAGGGGUAUCACAUCCUCACCUCCCACCAGACGCUCACUAUCCAGGGUGAAAGUGACUUUUCUCUUUUCCUGCACCCUGAUGGACCACCCAAACCCCAGCAGCUCCCCGAAAGCCCUAGCCGGGCACCACCACCUGAGGAUACAGAGGAAGAGAGAGGGGUAACUACGGAUCCACCAGUGAGCGAGGAGCGAUCCAUUCAACAGAGCCACCCCACUGCUACCACCUCUCCAGCCCAACCUUACCCAGAACUGAUCUCUCGACCCUCACCACCUACCCUGCACCGCUUCCUGCCGGACUUGCCCCCCUCCCGUAGUGCGGUGGAGAUUGCCCCCACUCAGGUCACAGAGACCGAUGAGUGCCGACUAAACCAGAACAUCUGUGGCCAUGGGCAGUGCAUCCCAGGCCCCUCCGACUAUUCCUGUCACUGCAACCCGGGCUACCGGUCACACCCGCAGCACCGCUACUGCGUGGACGUGAACGAGUGCGACGCAGAACCGUGUGGCCCAGGGAGAGGCACCUGCAUGAACACUGGCGGCUCCUACAACUGCCAUUGCAACCGUGGCUACCGCCUGCACGUGGGGGCCGGGGGGCGCUCUUGCGUGGAUGUGAAUGAGUGCACCAAGCCCCACCUGUGCGGUGACGGCGGCUACUGCAUCAACUUAACUGGUCACUACAAGUGCAACUGCUACGCUGGCUACCGGCUCAAAGCCUCGCGACCGCCCGUGUGCGAAGACAUCGAUGAGUGCCGUGACCCUAGCUCCUGUCCAGAUGGCAAAUGCGAAAACAAACCUGGGAGUUUCAAAUGCAUCGCCUGUCAGCCAGGCUACCGUAGCCAAGGGGGCGGGGCCUGCCGAGAUAUCAACGAGUGCUCUGAAGGCAGUCCCUGUUCACCCGGCUGGUGUGAGAACCUCCCAGGCUCCUUCCGGUGCACGUGCGCCCAGGGUUACACACCCGCACCCGAUGGCCGCAGCUGCGUGGAUGUGGAUGAGUGCGAGACUGGGGACAUGUGUGACAAUGGCAUCUGCACAAACACACCAGGCUCCUUCCAGUGUCAAUGCCUCUCUGGCUACCAUCUGUCAAGGGACCGGAGCCACUGUGAGGACAUUGAUGAAUGUGACUUCCCUGCGGCCUGUAUUGGGGGUGACUGCAUCAACACCAAUGGCUCCUACAGAUGUCACUGCCCUCAAGGGCAUCGGCUGGUGGGUGGCAGGAAGUGCCAAGAUAUAGAUGAAUGCAGCCAAGACCCAGGCUUGUGCCUGCCCCAUGGAGCGUGUGAGAAUCUGCAGGGCUCAUACGUCUGUGUCUGUGAUGAGGGCUUCACACCCACCCAGGACCAGCACGGCUGUGAAGAGGUGGAGCAGCCACACUACAAGAAGGAAUGCUACCUUAACUUCGAUGACACGGUGUUCUGCGACAGUGUACUGGCCACCAAUGUUACCCAACAGGAGUGCUGCUGCUCAUUGGGGGCUGGUUGGGGAGAUCACUGCGAGAUCUAUCCCUGCCCAGUCUACAGCUCAGCUGAGUUUCACAGCCUUUGUCCCGACGGAAAAGGCUACACGCAAGACAACAACAUUGUCAACUAUGGCAUUCCAGCCCACCGCGACAUCGACGAGUGUGUGCUGUUCGGGGCGGAGAUCUGCAAGGAGGGCAAGUGCGUGAAUACGCAGCCGGGCUACGAGUGCUACUGCAAGCAGGGCUUCUACUACGACGGCAACCUGCUGGAGUGCGUGGACGUGGACGAGUGCCUGGAUGAGUCCAACUGCAGGAACGGCGUGUGUGAGAACACGCGCGGCGGCUACCGCUGCGCCUGCACGCCCCCGGCCGAGUACAGCCCGGCUCAGCGCCAGUGCCUGAACCCGGAAGAGCGGGAGCACGGCCCCGAGCGGCGUGAAGUGUGCUGGGGCCAGCGUGGAGAAGACGGCAUGUGUAUGGGCCCCCUGACCGGGCCUGCCCUCACCUUCGAUGACUGCUGCUGUCGCCAGGGCCGUGGCUGGGGCACCCAAUGCCGACCGUGCCCACCACGUGGCAUGGGGUCCCAGUGCCCAACUUCUCAGAGUGAGAGCAAUUCCUUCUGGGACACAAGUCCACUGCUACUGGGAAAACCUCCUAGAGAGGAAGACAGCUCCGAAGAAGACUCUGAUGAAUGUCGCUGUGUCAGCGGCCGCUGUGUGCCUCGGCCUGGUGGCGCAGUGUGCGAGUGUCCUGGUGGCUUUCAGCUAGAUGCCUCCCGUGCCCGCUGUGUAGAUAUUGACGAGUGCAGAGAGCUGAACCAGCGCGGGCUGCUGUGCAAGAGCGAGCGCUGCGUGAAUACUAGCGGUUCCUUCCGCUGUGUUUGUAAAGCCGGCUUCACGCGCAGCCGUCCACACGGGGCCUGCGUGCCCCAGCGGCGACGCUGAAGCAGUCCUUGGCCCACACCUCGGUGGUUAUCACCAAGGGGUGUCCACCGAUACUGGGGAUGAGUUAUCACCUUUGCCAACCAGGGGGAAUGGACCCUGAGAUCCUCCAAGGCCCAUAGACCCCCUUCCUGCACCCCAACACUGGAGGCUGCUCACAGCACCCUGUCUGGCUCAGUGGCCGUUGUGUUUAUAGGGUGCUACCAGCAUUCCUCUCUGAGGACAAUUCCUAGAAAGUGUUAAAUCAGAUUGUUCCUCAUUAAUUUACUCUUGGCUUUCAAAGCAACUUGAUGUUCACAUCUGCGGUUGGUUGGGACUACAGUACACCAGACCCCAGCAGAAGGCUGAAAGGAGCCCAAGACCAGAGAUGUGAAAUAGAAUUUAUUGUGACUCUGAUUAUGUACAGGAGAUGUGCCUGGCCUGGCCUGCCGGGCUCUCAUGGUUUGUACAAUAAAUACAUCUGUGGGGCCUGCUCUCCAGUGGCUGGAAGUGCCCAUUCCCAGGGUUCAGUCCAGCUUUCGGGCUCCCAGCUUCAUAGGG